AUGGAAUCUGCGGAGGAAAUGAUAGAAUCUACGGAAGAAGCAAUGGAAUCUGCGGGAGAAAUGACAGAAUCCACGGAAGAAGCAAUGGAAUCUGCGGACGAAGAAUCUAGAUCUGUAGAAGGUGCAGGAGGAUCUAUGGAAAUAUCAGGAUCAGCGGAAGAAGAAGGAGGAUCUGUGGAAGCAUCGUUGCCGGGACCUGCUGAAAUAGAAUCAAGGUCUGAGGCAAGAAUUGGAGGAUCUGCGAGAAGAGCAUCGAGAUCUGAGGUAAGAAUGCCAGGAUCUGCGGGAAGAAGGUCGAGAUCUACACGAAGUGUAUCGAUAUCUGCAAGAGUACUGCCAUCGAUACCAUCAGAAUAUCUCUGUUCAAUUUGCAAUAAUGUAACAUUGAACUCAUCGAUGUGUCCUAUUGGACUUUUGUGUCGCGUAACUGUUAAUUAUGCUAUUGAACGUAGUUUAUCAGCUGAUUACUCAUUAUCACCUAAUGAUUACUCAUCAUUAAUGGAUAUGAAUGGUAAAGGAGGCAUUUGUGUAACUGAGAUGAUGAAGCAAAAAUUUGAAUUUGCCCUAUGGAGAUACCUAACUGUUGUUUCACCAAAAUAUGCAAAUUUAAUUUAUGUUCCUAAUGGUAUUGAUGUCAAAACAUGUGGACAUUAUGCACACUUUAAAUGUUUUCGAAAUUAUAUUGGACCAUUAUAUCGUGAUCCCUAUUCACUGACCAUUCCAUUGUUAUGGUCAGUGAAACUUCCAUGUCCAGCAUGUUAUGAAAUUGCUCAUUGCCUUUUACCUAUUAUUCCUAAACGUAGAUUUCAACGAAAACGAUUGCACAUGCUUAAUGAUGAUACAAGUAAAGUAUUACUUACUACAACAAUCGGUAAUCUAAUAUGCUCUGGUGCUGAUCAAAUAAGUGAAGAGGUAUGCAAAUUAGAGUGUGGAAGUACGAUAUAUGGUGAAUUAUUUUCAAAUUUUAUUGCUGUAUGUCAUAAAUGGACAUAUAAUUGGCGUGACAGACAUUACGACGAUGGUAUGAGAAUUCAACCUUCUGUAAUUGGUAUUGUAAAAGGUAAAUGUGAGAGGAAUAUUUUAUCGUCAGAAUUAAAUUUUUCACAAUUACCUAAUGCUGAAUUACCUACAAAAUUCGUAAUUUAUGGCGGACGAUAUUAUAGUGAUGCGAUUGAUCUUGAAUUUGCAAAAUAUGAAUGGAAAGAGCUAACAUUUGGUUUUGAUCCUACAACAUCGGAUGAAUCCAUUCAAUCUGAUUCUAACUUUAUGGAAUCUCUUGGAUCAAAUCUAAUUACUGAAGCAAGCAGAACGGAACAAGAAAACAUGAAUAUGCCAAUGGUAUUAUUCGAUUUGAAAACAACCUUAAUUCGUCUUAGCAUUUAUAUUAUCACAAGUGAUUGUUCAGUGAUUAAUGAAAAGAGAGUUAUGCUUCGUUUCAUCUAUCAGAUGGUCUUAGCUGCAGUAAUGAUUCGUACAGCAAUUUUAUCAGUGAUACGUAUGCCAUUACCACAAGCAUUAUCAGUAUUAAAUUUACCAUCUAGCGAUAAUAUAUUUAUUUAUGUGAUGAAAAAUGUUGCUAAAAGAAUCAUUUCAAGAAAUUGGAUACCACCUGUAGAUGUUAUCAGGAUUUUUUCACGUAAUUUGGUUGAAUUUGAUUAUGAAGAAGCAAUGAGAUAUGCUUGUACAGAUUUAUCACGUCUUACGGCACAAUUAUGGCAUGAAUGUGAUAUAUUAGUUUAUAAUGAUGAUUAUCUUAUUGGCCACGAAACAUUUAUGAAUAUUUACAAGCAGCUAAUAGGUCAAAAUGAUUUUCAUUUUUCACCUCAAUUAAUACCAGAAGUUCGCAUUGAUAAAUGGACCAAAGAAGUAAUGCAAUGGAUUAAUGACGAAUAUUUUCAUAUGCGUUUAUGCAUGGAACCAUUAAUAUGGCGUCGAUUUACACUUAUAAAACCAUCACAAAAUUACUGUGAAAUAUUUUUACUAUCUUGUUUUCAACAAUGUCGUCUAUGCGCGAGAAAAUCAACACAUCAAUAUUUGUGUCUUCUUUGUGGACGAUUGUUAAAUCUUGAUCGAAUCUGCUAUGAUAUAUCAAAAUGUUUAUCUUUUCAUGCAAAUGAAUGUGGCAAUAGUGCGGCAUGCUUUUUAUCAGUUUCAAAUAGAUUAAUUCUAAUCGUUUUGGGUCAAUUAGGAGCAUUUUGGGGUCAUUUAUAUUUAGAUGCAAACGGGCAUGAAGUUGAUGAUUUAACAAGUUCUGUACCGCUGUAUCUAUCAGAAGAACGAUAUCGCAAAUUGAUCGAAGAUUGGAUACUUCAAUCAUUUCAAAUAGUAUUCAGAGAUCUUACAGAAUUGAUUGUUGAUUGA